AUGGCAUCUCCCAGAGCAGCCCCAGCUGCGACUGGGUCAACCCAGCCCUUGACACCCCCUGACGACCCUUCUUCAUCUGCCAAUCCGGCCUCGUCGCAAAACGGCACAGCCAACCCAGGUGCUGCGGCCAGUGCCCCGUCGUUUCCGGCAACCUCUCUCAACGACUCCGGUAAAUGGCGGCGCCCACGCGACGCGCGCCUCAUACAUAUGCUUCUAGCCUCGCUCGGUGUGACUGCAUACCAAGAGCGAGUGCCCCUGCAACUGCUUGAUUUCGCCUACCGCUAUACCUCAUCCACGCUUCAAGACGCUGUUCAUCUCGCUAUGGAGGGAUAUGCGGGCACUGCAACAGGGCCUGGGGAAACGAACGUGUCAACCGGUAGCGGUCGCGGCGUCGUUGAGUUAAAUACAAUCACACUACAAGCGCUGCGACUGAGCAUAGCGUCUCGACUUCAUUACCAGUUUCAGCCCGGAUUGCCCAAAGAGUUCUUGGUAGAUGUGGCCUCAGAACGAAAUCGGAUUGCCCUUCCUGGAGUUGCGCGAGGCGGAGAGACUGGAUCCAGGAGCACAUUCUCGGAUGUAUCCAUGGGUGGAAUGAGACUUCCUCCAGAAAGGUUUUGUCUGACCGGGACGGGCUGGAAUUUGAGGGAUGAAUGGGAGAGUGAAGGCGAGGAAGACGUUGAAGAAUUAGAGUCGGCAGUCCUACCAAGCGCUGCCAACAACGACGAAGAGGAGGGCAUGGAGGAUGAAGGAGAUGGAAAAAUGGAAGAUAUCUUCGGUGAGGAUGUCGAUAUGAAAGAAGACGACGAAGAGGAUGAAAAUAUGGCAGAUGCUUGA